CAACAAUAGUGAUGAUUGACUCUGCCGUAACAUUUAUUCCCUGUUCUUUGGUGAUCAUGAUACUGCACAUAUUUAUAUAUUAUGUGCUGGAAAGCAUGUUGAUAAAAUUAAUCGUCUCAGAGCUCGUGCAUUCGACUCCUGCUGUUGGUUAUAGGUUCUUUAAAGCAAUGCAUUUUAGACGGCAUUUUGAUUAGUUGAGCGAUAAUUCAAGAUGUACCCUUCAUUACUUUCUGUUAUCUCAAGGAUGACAAUCGUCUCAAUAACGAUGUUUGCCGUUCUUUCAAUCUGGACCAAUGUGCAAGCAGGUAGCAUCAAAUGUGGCAACUUUUCUUGCAAUGCGGACGCGAUUUGUCAAAACACAAACCGGAGUUACAUUUGCAUCUGCAAUUCUGGGUACAGUGGAAACGGGACGCACUGUAAAGAUAUUGACGAAUGUUCAGGCGGACCUUGUCAUGAAAAUGCUACAUGUGCAAAUACAAUUGGCUCAUUUAAUUGCACCUGCAAAGAAGGACUUCGUGGCGAUGGCUUUAAUUGUGGAGAUAGCAUCAAAUGUGGAAACUUUUCUUGCAAUGCGGACGCGAUUUGUCAAAACACAAACGGGAGUUACAUUUGCAUCUGCAAUUCUGGGUACAGUGGAAACGGGACGCACUGUAAAGAUAUUGACGAAUGCUCAGGCGGACCUUGUCACAAAAAUGCUACAUGUGCAAAUACAAUUGGCUCAUUUAAUUGCACCUGCAAAGAAGGACUUCGUGGCGAUGGCUUUAAUUGUGGAGAUAGCAUCAAAUGUGGCAACUUUUCUUGCAAUGCGGACGCGAUUUGUCAAAACACAAACGGGAGUUACAUUUGCAUCUGCAAUUCUGGGUACAGUGGAAACGGGACGCACUGUAAAGAUAUUGACGAAUGUUCAGGCAGACCUUGUCACAAAAAUGCUACAUGUGCAAAUACAAUUGGCUCAUUUAAUUGCACCUGCAAAGAAGGACUUCGUGGCGAUGGCUUUAAUUGUGGAGAUAGCAUCAAAUGUGGCAUAUUUUCUUGCAAUGCGGACGCGAUUUGUCAAAACACAAACGGGUGUUACAUUUGCAUCUGCAAUUCUGGGUACAGUGGAAACGGGACGCACUGUAAAGAUAUUGACGAAUGUUCAGGCGGACCUUGUCAUGAAAAUGCUACAUGUGCAAAUACAAUUGGCUCAUUUAAUUGCAGCUGCAAAGAAGGACUUCGUGGCGAUGGCUUUAAUUGUGGAGUCCCAAUGGCAGGAUUUGAAGAUGAUGACGAUGAUGACGAUGAACUAAGUUAUGGUUAUGUAGCCCUUAUUGUUGUUAUUCUCUCAUUCUCAAUUGUCAUCUGCGUUUUUGCGCUGUUAGUCAAUCAACAAAAAAGAGAGAAGGCAAAAGCAGUAAAAGAAAAACAGGUCGCGGCUUCUUUAAGAACUUCACUGGAAAUGGAAACUAAAGAUGGCCAAGUCGAAAACAGUGGGUACAACUAUAAUGACGACGGGGAAGAUGUGAAAAACGCCUGAGCUAUAUAUGUUCUGGCAAAUAGAACCACGUCUGGUGUUGCAAGUCCUGUCGCAAACUUCGUUUCAAACGUGACGCUCCUUACGAAGGCCAUCAGGUCAAAAUAAAUUUUUUAUCCAUUUUAGGCAACCUCAUAAGGCAGGCUUUUCUACCUACGCCCCAUGGCUAACACUGCGGCGAAAGCCCUGGUUCAUGCUGGUCAUGUGACAGCGCAAAAUCUCCCAGAUUAUGCGAGAUUUUUAAAUAGCGCUAAGUUCAACGCUAUAAUAGAGGGGUGGCAAAAUGAACCUGCCACUUCCGCCAUUUUUAACAUUUAUGACAGUCCAGGUGGUUUUGCACUGCCGCUAAGCAAUAAAUACUAAAAAUAGCAGUUCAGUCCAUGCUGGAACACGCUGUUUUAACCGUAUAUGAUUUAUGCGCUGCAUUGUAUUCCACCCAUCUCCGUGCGGGAAAGACGUGCCAAAAGAAUCACGUGACCAGCAUGCACCAGGUUUUUGCCGCAGCGUGGCUGUGGAGCGUAGGUAGAUAAGGCUGGCUUGCGAGGUUGCAUUUUGGGCAUACCACAUUUGAUGCGGAGUGAUUUGUCGGCUACACGUUGCAUCCUGGUAUUCGAAUUUUUUGUAUGCAGAAUUUUAUUUAAUAUUAUUUUUAUUUUUUUUUGUAAUAAUAAUACACUAAAACAUCUCGCUAUAAUACCAAAAAAUAACGGCUGAGACAGCAUUUGCCUAAUUUAAAUUCAGAAAAUAAUUUCUUAACAUCGAAAUGCAGCCAUUACACAUCAAGAGUUUGACGUUUGAAACAGGCUUAUAUAUAUAUAAUAAGAACUAUAUUUGUAAUGAGGGAUUAUCGCUACCAGAAUUAUUACUCUCCGCCAUCUGGCUGACGUCUCUUAGCAUGAAGGUAGACAAAAAAUGACUGGUACUAAAUUCAUAUUUUAGCGUUGGCUCUGUGCUUUUAAAUCUCGCGCGGUCCGUAGCCAAUCAGAUUGCAGGAAACGCUAAAAUAUGAAUUCGGACCGGAAGAAAAAAAAUAAAGCUACUUAUGAAAUCAGCGAUGAAAUAUAUGCAUCGAGUUGAUUCAGCUGGUCAUUUGGAGUGUGGAAGUCAAAAUGACAAAACCCCCUGAUUUUUGUCAAUGAAAACGGGCUUUUAUACAAUAAUUUAUUUUACAUAUGUAAAUUAACAUUCGCGCAACAAGGUCUAGGUAAAAUGCAAUGCUGAUUUCGCUCAUAAAAUGGUAUUUGUAGUAAGUAGCUAUACUAUAAAACAAUUAUCACGCUCGCUCUUGUUAAAUAGCUCGCUUACAGCACAUAUAAAAAAUAUACAACUCAAGCGUAUGGUAUAAUUGUUAAAAAUCGUAUUUCGUGAGCCUUACUAGUCAUCUUUGCCAAAGGAUAUUCACCAAGUCGAAAAAUUAAUAGUUCUCGUCAGAAUAAUAAGGCUUAAUUUCAUCCUCUUGUUUAAAUUGUGUUAAAAAAUCUGUAUAUUUGAAUUUGCUUCCUACACGAAUACAAACUACGACGUGUUGACGUGUUUGCAAGAACUGUGACGUAAUGAUACAAUAAUAGUAAAGGAACAACACACAAAACAACCUCCGUCGCAGUGCACCUUCAGCGAAAUAAUAUUAGUGAAGUUAAUGAAGUGAAAUAGAGCUGGCCUUAUAAUUGAUAGUAUUAAGAUAGUUGUU